AUAGGUGGACCCAAGAUGACAUUCGAGCGAUUGUUGAUCUUGAUGCCGCUGCUGCUAUCGCUACUGGCUAACUGCGGCCCGUCGGCCCUGCCGCCACCGUCCCCGCCAUCGCCAUCACCCACUCCAUCAGCCAGAUCCGCCCAAUCGCUGGCCAUGCUACGUGCUCGAGAUCAAUGCUUCCGCAGCGAGCGGAUCAGCCCGAACCAGCGCCUGGCCCUGGACAGACAGCAGUAUAGCAAUGUGCCCUAUGUGCAUCGCUAUGUCUAUUGCUUCUGGACGCGCCUACAGCUGUGGCACGAUGGCACCGGCUUCGAUCCGAUGCGCAUUGUCGAGAGCUUUGGCGGCCCGCGGCGUCUGAAUCUGGAGCAAACCGUGCCGGCCAUCAAUGGCUGCAAUGCGCAUGCUCGUCGCUCGGCCAGAACGGCGCUGGACUGGUGCUACGGCGCCUUUGUCUGUGUGCUGCGCACCACGGUCGGCGAUUGGUAUCGCCACCACAUGCAGGACGUCAUCAAUGGCAACGCCUAGACUGGCGAUAAGGGGCGCAAUAAUUAGGUGAUUGGGACUACAUACAUACAGACA